CACCUCCCUCUCCACUCCCCUCACCCUCACUCCCCUCCUUCUCCCUAUUAAAACACCCACCAGCUCACUAGUUAAGACCCCCUUAAGUUGGAGGAGGCAGAAAGGCAACAACCGCGAGGAAGGAGAAGUCAAGACGUAUGGAAAGAAUUACCCAGACCUGGCUUCAAGCAGCCCAUUGAACCAGGGACUUGAACCAGCCCCAGCCAAAGACUUUUCUCCCGAUUCUGCGCUUCCUGAGUUCUGAGUUUUCACCCGGAUUUUUUUUUUUUUUUUUUUUUUUGAUACGAAAAAGAAACUUUCCGUUAUCGGGGGAAGGGGGACUGGAGCGAAAAAAAAAAAGAAAGAAAAAAAGUUAAUUUAUUUUUAAAACACAGAUAAUUAUUUAAACAAUUAGAAGACUGAAGUGCAACGGAAGAUAAAACGAAUCAUUAGUGAAAUUUCCCUUUAAAGUGGGGGAGAAUCAAACAUUUAAGACUCCCCCAUCCUUUUUAAAUGAUGUUAUUAAAUUUCUUAUUUUUUCUGGCCGGUCGUCUCAAAUUCAUCUGAUCUUUUAUUACCUCAAUUUUGGAAACUGCCCGCCACCGACCCUCCGGGACCACACAGACAGGCUGAGGACGACUUGAUGACCAAGAGCUGAACAAGAUGCAUUGUGAGAGGUUUAUAUGCAUCCUGAGAAUAAUCGGAACCACACUUUUUGGAGUCUCUCUCCUCCUUGGAAUCACAGCUGCUUAUAUUGUUGGCUACCAGUUUAUCCAAACGGAUAAUUAUUAUUUCUCUUUUGGACUGUAUGGUGCCUUUCUAGCAUCACACCUCAUCAUCCAAAGCCUGUUUGCUUUUUUGGAGCACCGAAAAAUGAAAAAAUCUCUAGAAACCCCCAUUAAAUUGAACAAAACAGUUGCUCUCUGCAUCGCUGCAUAUCAAGAAGACCCAGACUACUUAAGGAAAUGUUUGCAAUCUGUGAAAAGGCUAACCUAUCCUGGGAUUAAAGUUGUCAUGGUCAUAGAUGGGAACUCGGAAGAUGACAUUUACAUGAUGGACAUCUUCAGUGAAGUCAUGGGCAGGGACAAAUCAGCCACUUACAUCUGGAAGAACAACUUCCAUGAAAAGGGUCCUGGUGAGACGGACGAGUCACAUAAAGAAAGCUCUCAACACGUAACCCAAUUGGUCUUGUCCAACAAAAGUGUCUGCAUCAUGCAAAAAUGGGGUGGAAAGAGAGAAGUCAUGUACACGGCCUUCAGAGCCCUGGGACGAAGUGUGGAUUAUGUACAGGUUUGUGAUUCAGAUACCAUGCUUGACCCUGCCUCCUCUGUGGAGAUGGUCAAAGUUUUAGAAGAAGAUCCCAUGGUUGGAGGUGUCGGGGGAGAUGUCCAGAUUUUAAACAAGUACGAUUCCUGGAUCUCCUUCCUCAGCAGUGUGAGAUACUGGAUGGCUUUCAACAUAGAAAGGGCCUGUCAGUCUUAUUUUGGGUGCGUCCAGUGCAUCAGUGGACCUCUGGGAAUGUACAGAAACUCCUUGCUGCAUGAGUUUGUGGAAGAUUGGUAUAAUCAGGAAUUUAUGGGCAACCAAUGUAGUUUUGGGGAUGACAGGCAUCUAACCAACCGGGUGCUGAGCCUGGGCUAUGCCACAAAAUACACAGCUCGAUCCAAGUGCCUCACUGAAACACCCAUAGAAUAUCUCAGAUGGCUCAACCAGCAGACGCGUUGGAGCAAGUCGUACUUCCGGGAGUGGCUGUACAACGCCAUGUGGUUCCACAAACACCACUUGUGGAUGACCUACGAAGCGGUGAUCACUGGAUUCUUUCCUUUCUUCCUCAUUGCCACAGUAAUCCAGCUCUUCUACCGAGGGAAAAUUUGGAACAUCCUCCUCUUCCUGUUAACUGUCCAGCUAGUAGGUCUCAUCAAAUCAUCUUUUGCCAGCUGCCUUAGAGGAAAUAUCGUCAUGGUCUUCAUGUCUCUCUACUCGGUGUUAUACAUGUCCAGUUUACUUCCCGCCAAGAUGUUUGCCAUCGCAACCAUAAACAAAGCUGGGUGGGGCACGUCAGGAAGGAAGACCAUUGUGGUCAAUUUCAUAGGACUCAUCCCAGUGUCAGUUUGGUUUACAAUCCUCCUGGGUGGUGUGAUUUUCACCAUCUAUAAGGAAUCUAAAAAGCCAUUUUCAGAAUCCAAACAGACAGUCCUAAUCGUUGGAACGUUGCUGUAUGCAUGCUACUGGGUCAUGCUUUUGACGCUGUAUGUGGUUCUAAUCAAUAAGUGUGGCAGGCGGAAGAAGGCGCAACAGUACGACAUGGUGCUCGAUGUAUGAUCCAACACAGCUGGACGCUUGCAGUCACUUACACCACCGUAGUUUCUGGAGGGGACGUUCAGUGUUGUGGCAUCAGGCAAUGCCACCAAAAGGAGACAUAUCACUGCUGCUGGGACUUGAACAAAGACAUUUCUAUGGGUUUAUUUUCAUUCUGCCAAAGUAAAACAAAACAUCAACAAGAAGAAUCUCAGAUUUAACCUGUUAUCUCUAGGAAAAUGGGAUAAAUUCUUUGUUUAUGCACUUUUUCUUUACUGUACGUCCGCCUGAAAGUGUGUUGUCCUAUAUACCUCACUAGCCAUGCUUUAUGUGGGUUAUCAUGGAGGAAAAAGGUUUUGGAAACUCAAGGAAAAGUUCUUACAACCUGUACAACCUAACUUAUGGACUGUUUUGAUAAUUUUUUUUUUUUUUAGGAAGGAUUUUCUUUUUAACUUUACCAAAUGAAAUGCCAAAGGAAAUUUUACAGCCCGUGGGCUGUGCUGUAUUUUGAUAUAAUUGUACUGUGUUUUUAAAUUUUGUAUGCCAAUUUUUUAAAAAAAAUUUACAUAUUCUAUAUUUUACUUCUCUGCCAAAACACACCUGUCCUUCCCUUUUUUAAAAAAUAAAAUAAGUUCUGAAAAGAUGAAUACUUAUAAAACUUGCCCAAAAUGUGAAACUUGGUUGACUGAUGUUCACGAUAGAAAGAAUAAAAUGUGUGUCUCUCUCUCUACCUUUAAAAAUCGAAUAGUUUAUUUCUGUGAAGACAAAUUAUUUAAACUUUUCAAUAUUUUCACUUUUGCUUUCAUUUCUGUUAGAAAAGGCCAAUAUACCCAUCACACCUUGGGAAUAAAAAUACAUACUUUCAUGUGUACAAAAAAAAAAAAUCAUUGAAAAUCAAGGCCAAAAGGGAAGAGAAGUGCAAUUUCUCGUAAGAUUAAAAAAAAAUAAAAGGAAAUGUCAGUUCUUGAAAGACAAAAAGUAGACAUCUAGCACUGAACAAGCCAUGAGGAUCAAAACAAACAAGAAUCAUCUUUGGAGGUUCUCAGUGCUUUCCCAGGCCAAGAAAGAAAACAAAAGAAUUUUCUGUGUAAUUUUCCAGUGUAAUGCCGUU